AUGACCCUGCGGGGGCUGCGCCACGUGCACGGCCAGCACCUCCUGCACAGGGACCUCAAACCUGCCAACCUGCUCCUGGGCGGCGCCGGCGCCUCAAGCUGGCGGUUCGGGCUCCCAGGGUGGUACCGGGCCCCGGAGCUGCUCUACGGGGCGCGCAGCUACGACGAGGGCGUCGACCUCUGGGCCGUGGGGUGCAUUUUUGGGGAGCUGCUGACCCUGUCCCCCCUUUUCCCGGGGGAGAACGACAUCGAACAGCUCUGCUGUGUCCUGAGGGCACUGGGGACACCCAGCACCACGGACUGGCCGGAACUGGCCCACCUGCCCGACUACCCCAAGCUGCGGUUCCGCCCGCGGGCUGCGGCGCCGCUGGAGCUGCUGGUGCCGGGGGCUGAGCCCGCUGCCCUCGACCUGCUGGGGGCGCUGCUGCGGUCCCCCCCCCGCCUGCGGCCACGGGCACACCAGGCCCUGCUGCACCCUUCUCUCUUCGGCCCCCACCAACUGACCCCACCCCCACCCCGGGGCCCGGACCACCCCGACUUCAGCCUGGACACCCCUGGAGCUGCCCCCACGGGGGCCCUGGGACCCCUCCCCACAUGGGGGACCCCAGUGACCCCCGAGCAGGAGACCCCUCUGACCCCCACGGGGGCUCUGGGACCCCUCCCCACGUGGGGACCCCAGUGA